UCGAACGGCGGCGCUUCCUCGACGAUUGACGUGCACGUAGCGGUUAAAUCGGCACGCGUGCAAAUCCGCGGAACGCGACGCGGGAAUUCCCGACGGCGAUGGACUAGCAAUAAUCAUUCGGUCGUGAUCAAGCCCGCGACCAUCAUUCUCGACUGCGGUGUGAUUCCCGGCCUUCCUGUGUGCUUCUGCGCUUGUAAUGCAAAAUCAUUGACACGCAUUCGAAAAGGAAAACAAAAUGUCCGAGUACUGCGAAUAUAUGUGGUGCGAUGCCUCCCGAGGUCGUAACAGCUUGGUCCGUAGCAUUUAUGAAGAGGGAGGCAGAUUCGAUAAACGUGAUAAGAAACUAGCUAUUAAGACUGUCAGGUCUAUACUUCGGCAAAUGCCGAAUGUAGACCUGGAACAUUGCACGGAUGAGUAUAUCACGCGUUUCCUGCUAGCCCGGAAGUAUCGCACCGAGCAGGCAGCGGCUUUGAUAGCCGCUUAUCAAGCGCAGAUAAUGCAUCGCCAGGAUAUCUUCGGCAAUCUCACCGCCCGAGACCCGGCAUUGCAGCGUGCGCUUCGCGCAGGUAUACCGGGUGUCCUACCUGCGCGUGACAGGAAAGGCAGAUGCGUUCUGAUUAUUUUGGCGUCGCAAUGGGAUCCUGUAGCCGUGCCCGCAUUAUCCGUUCAACGAGCGGUAUUCUUAGUUCUGGAAACACUUAUUCAAGAUCCUCGAAAUCAGCAAUCCGGUUUCGUCGCCGUGGUAGAUUGGAGCGGAUUCUCGUUACGGCAGGGUGGUGCGUUAGGGGCAGCGGCUCUGCGAAACCUAAUAGCUGCUCUACGUGGACGAUUUCCCGCUCGAUUCAAAGCGAUACACUUCCUCUCGGCGCCGCUCUACGUCCAAGCAACUCUGGCUCUGGUGAAGCCAUUUUUGGACGAGAAGACACGGAAUAAGAUUUAUCUGCACGGCAACAAUCUCAGCACGCUUCACGAACACCUGCCGACGGACAUCCUGCCGGCGGAGCUCGGUGGAACGGGGCCAGCCUUCAACCCGGGAUUGUGGGCCGAGCCGGUCAUCCACUCGGCCAUGAAAGAAGCCGAGCUCGCCGCUGCCGCCGCUAAAAAGGGAAAAGACCAUCAUGUCGACGCGCAAAAACCGGCCAACCUUCGAGACGGAUCGGAAACCGCAAACGGAAACCAUCAGAAGAACGAUGACUUGGCCGUUCCGAUGAACGCGGAUAAAACAUUUCUGAACAACUCCGACAAUUCUAUAAAACUCUCUUCUGGGAGAACGACACAUACGGAUGUAGAGCUAAAUGUAAUAAAUAAGGAAUCGAACAAACAGAAAGAGACAACGGGAUCAGCAAGAAAUAACGAAAAUAAAGUUAAGGAACAAUUACACGAACGAAUCAGUAACGGAAACGUAAACGAGACACAGCAGUCUGAAGAUAGAACAGAUCAGCCCAUUGAUUUGGCGUUUUUUGACACGGAUAUCAACUUGAACGAGUUUGAGAUGAUUUCCAGCAGAUCGUGCAACGACAGCAAGGACAACUCGUUGGACAAUAGAUUAGAAGAAAGAGCUCUCAUCACCAUCAGCAACAGCGAAACACCGUCAGAGAAAACGAAUCUUAUAACGUAAUGUCGAUCUCCACAGAUCUAAGUAUUUGUAAUACUUACUGAAAUAGAAAUCUGUCUUUUCCUACUAAACGAGUCUUUUUAUAAGUGACGUGAAUCUUGAAAUAACGGCUCGAACAGUCUCCAGAUAUCAUAAUUUUAUAAUCGCAACAAAUUCUCUUGUAGACUAUUUUUUAGAUAUAAUUUGGC